AUGGCAGGCCCAGCGAACCCGUUCGCUGGCCUCGCCCAGAAAGAUGGAACAACGGCCCAGGCGGGUCGAGGGCGCGGUGGAUCAUUCAGUCGGGCUACUCCCUACCAGUCCAAAUCAUCCAACGCGCGUGGCCGAGGCCGAGGAGCCUCGUCGGCAAUGAGAUCUCUCCGUGGUCAUGGCCGAGGCGCUGGUCCCGCGACUAACACCUGGCGCAAACCGGACUCAAACGUGGCUCCCGCAGGAGCUGCCGCAUCGCCUUUCUCCCAGUUGAAGCAGAGCCAACCCUCUUCUUCUCCAUUUGGUGGACAGGCUCCGCAGCAGAAACCGGCAUUUCCUGGGUUUGCGAAUGGCUCAUCUGGUGCAUUUGGGGCAGCCUCUGGAUUUUCUGGGAGUAUGGUCGAUUCUAGCAGAGACCCUCGACUACAAUUUCCGUCAAAUGGAACGACUGGUGUGAACGGCUCUGCUGUGCCAGUGGAAGACAUGGCAAUUUUGAACAGUUACAAUGACCGAUAUGAAAAGCUCAAGCUUGAUAGGGCGAAGCAAAGGGAACAGGCAAUCAGGAAAGGGCAGAUGGCGGAUCCCAAUCAACCUACUUCCCUGAAUCAAGCAAUUACACCCGUCGGCACCUGCACGAGCAUGUGUCCCGAGUUUGAGCGGGUUGAGCGCAUCGUCCAGAAGAUGGUAGACAAAAGCGAAAAGUUUCUUCAUCCUGCGACAAACACAUUGCAGAAUAUGGAAACGAAAAUGCUCAAACGCUUCAGAAGAUCAGCUGCCGGCUACGACGAACAGCUUCCUUCCGAUAUUCGCACACCGAAGGCACUCCUUCAGUCAACCAACUAUCUGAUUCGACAUAUCCUUGGUGGUUCUGAUCCUCUUGGCUUGAUUCACAAGUUUGUCUGGGAUCGGACACGAUCGAUUCGUAAUGAUUUCUCCGUGCAGCAGCUCACCCAGGAGGAGGACGUGAAGAUAGCAGUCACAUGCCUGGAGAGAAUAGCCCGGUUCCACAUAGUGUCUCUUCACCUACUCUCUAGUCCUGCGAACGAAGAGCCUUUUGACCGCCACCAGGAACGAGAACAACUCAACAAUACCAUGUUGUCGCUGAUGUACUAUUACGACGACAAUCGAGGGCGCAUUGUGUUUCCCAACGAGGACGAGUUCCGGGCCUAUUACAUUAUCUUCUCCAUUCACGACCAGCGACCGGAUUUAGAAGCCCGCGUCCAGAAAUGGCCUGCAGAGCUACGCAGUUCGCCUCGGGUUCAAGUAGCCCUUGAAUUGUUCGCCGCUGCUGGCAACACAUGGGAGUAUCAAGGCACCCUAGAUGCCAAACGACCCAACGCCAUUGCACAGGGUUUCUACGCACGCUUUUUUAACUUGGUUGAUUCUCCAGCUGUCUCGUAUCUGAUGGCCUGUGUUGCCGAAACCUAUUUCAACCACAUGCGCCAAACGGCUAUCCGUUCAAUAUGGAAAGGAUACUGUCGUUAUCCCGCUUCUCAACAGCACAAGAAUGAGGAGUGGACCGUCGACGAACUGACCAAAGUCUUACACUUUGAUGAAGACAGCCAAACAAUCGGAUUCUGUGAAGAGCAAGAUCUGCAGUUUGCUGAAAAUUCUCAUGGUAAUCUUUAUCUCAACUGGGGCAACCGUCCGGUUGACUCGAUUGCCUUCCAGCCGUCUUCCGAACACUCAUUCUCAGAAAAGUAUGUCGAGUCGAAGCGAGCAGGCAGAAGCAUGGUUGCGAUUAUACUCGGCUUGAAUAUAAAAGAAGCGGCAACUCUAGGAAUGAUCGACAGCUCUUUUCUGCCGCAGCGCUCACUGGCACUACCAGCCCCCGAGCCAGAAGCGCCCACAGACGAUGAUGCUCUCUUUGUGAGUGACGACGACAAUGAAAUGCGACCUCCAGCCAUCCAAACGAACGGUACUGUCUCGCAGGGUGGUGUCUUUACUGAGUCUCCCGCAUCAGCUUCAAGCCUGCGCAACGCAUUCACAGAACUUUCACAGAGUACAACAAAUGCAGAAGCGACACCUACGCAAAGCAAUCCGAUUUCUUCGAUUACACAAACGACCAAUAUAACCCAAACUCCCGAGCCGGCCAAGACCUUUUCGUCCUUGUUCUCUGGCACUAGUUCAGCCGGUGCCACAACGGCGCCCACAGUUGCGCCUUCUAACCCCUUUGCUAGCAUAUCUUCGCCCUUUACGCCGUUUAAGACUCCGGUGACUGAGCAGAAGGCCCCAACCUUGCCUGCUGCAUCCAGUAGUCAGCAACCAACCUCGAUCUUUUCGACCGGAACAUACAAUUUUACCCCAGGAAAGCCUGACACAACCCCUGCAUCAGCUACUUCCCAGUUCAAAGUACCAAACCUCUUGCAACCCUCUACAGCACCUACGGCUUCACCGCUCGGCCUUCUUCAAACACCAUCAGUAUUUAGACCUGAUCAGGCUCCUGCCCAGACCUCUGCUCAGCCCUCGACAAGCAUUUUUGAUACUGGCAAACCAUCCUCUGCUCCGCAGUUUUCAAGCUCUGUCUUCAGUCUCGCUGGUCAGAAUGCUCUUCCCGGAAAAUCGGAAGCUGAAAAGCCUCAACCAAGUCUUUUCAAUCCUGCGGAGACCACGUCCCCACCGUCUCCAUUUGCGCAAGCAAGUAACCUAUUCGCUCCAGCGAAAGUCGAUUCACCGGCAGCUGUCCACCCUGUUCAUUCAACCAAUGUUUUCUCAUUUGCGAAGCCCGAGAUACAGGCACCCAAACAGAAACCAGCCGAUGCGAUUGAGAGUUUGAAGUCUCCACAGGAAAAGGAAGUCCUGGAACAGAAUGCACCAGCAGACGAACCUGUGCCGCCUCGUGUGGAAGAUGUCGCUGAGCAGCAGCAACCUCGGCCAGUAUUCCUAAAGCCUAGCUCACCUGAACCUGUUAGCGCCACAUUGCCCUCUCCUGCAGAACCUAGCACAGUGGGUGUUGUUCAAGAAGAUGUUUCCGUUCGCGUCUCCCCCGAGCCGACCUCAAAGGAAGACGAAAACCCAGCGUUAGAAGAUGAACGACGUCUUGCGUGGCUAGAUACCCUGAAAGAAGCUGCCGAUAAAAGGCGACAGACCUCCUCAACAAGUCGCAAGCGCAUUCUCCACGAAGAAGAUGAACAAGAAUUGAAACAGAGCGAGCCAAAGGCGCCCAAAAUAGCCAAACCUGAGGCUCCUACUCCACGCAAAGUGUCUAUGGCAUUGUCUUCGAUUAAACCUCUUCCCAAACUUCCCAUAUUGGAACAGAUUGAGGCCAUGACAGCUCGAAAGCCUACAAAGGAGGAGAAACCUGAAGUUCCAAAGCCUCGCCAAGUUGACGAAGAUGAACUCCUCCUUUCCGCUGCCCGAAUUGCCGCAGAAUCACUCAGGAGCGGGCCGAGGCUUCUCGACCAUUGGUCGACAUACCCUGAGCCUCGAAGCUCCGUUUUCAGCCCGCGCAGCAGCUUUUCAUCUUCGCACUCUUUCUCCCGAAGUCAGUCGCCGAAUUCAUACCAAGUCAAUGGAUACGAUGUUGCUCUUGCCCCUGAUAGAGACUUGGGACUAGGACGUACCCUGUCCCGAACGGAACAGAGAAUUCGCCUUACCGGGGGCAAGGGCCUAGCAUAUAAGCCGCUGAACUUCACACCGGAGAAGAAAAGUAAAGGAGCAGGCAAGAAAUAG